AUGAUCAAAAUUCCACCGACAGAAAUUGUACAACCGGAUCAAAGUUAUUACAUACCGCAUCAUGCUGUCUUACGUGACAGUAGUGCAACUACUCGACUGCGGGUUGUUUUUAAUGCAUCCUGCCGUACCACUAACGGAACCUCGUUAAACGAUAAUAUGUUUAUCGGACCUAAACUUCAAAAGGAUUUGGCCGCUGUCAUAAUGCAGUGGCGCCAAUAUCGUUACGUAUUUACCGCCGAUAUCGCCAAAAUGUAUCGUCAAAUUUUAGUUGACUUCCGCGAUACUGAUUACCAGCGCAUUCUAUGGCGCUCUUCUCCCAGCGAACCUGUUCGCGACUACCGUCUUCUUACCGUGACGUACGGCACUGCCGCCGCUCCGUAUCUCGCUCUUCGAGUGCUAGACCAACUCGCUGAAGAUGACGGUGCUCAAUUUCCGUUGGCCGUCCCUGUUCUACGUCAUCAAACAUACGUUGAUGAUUGCGCGUUCGGAGCCGACGAUCAUAUCCUUGCACGGCAAACACGAGACCAAUUAAUCGCGCUUCUCGCUAAAGGAGGCUUUCGCCUACGAAAGUGGGCAAGUAAUUCUCCAGAUCUUUUGUCAGACCUCGAUCCUGCCGAUCAUGGACUAGCCACUCACAAAGUCCUCCAAGACGAUGAACACCUUAAAGUGUUAGGAGUUAGUUGGAAUCCAAAGCUCGAUGCGUUUCAACUUCGCGUAUCUCUCCCGUCUUCGCCGGGAAAAACGAAAAGAGCUAUUCUCUCGACAAUCGCUGGGUUUUUCGAUCCGAUGGGAUGGGCCGCUCCCGUCAUCAUCGGUGCAAAGAUCUUUAUGCAACGAUUGUGGUCGAUCCAAUGUCAGUGGGACGACGACAUUCCGGGUGAACAUUUCGACCACUGGGCAACUUAUCAUCACCAACUACCGCAUCUCGAGACGCUCAGUAUUCCGCGUUGGACGACGCACGGAUCUCAUACUCUGCACAGCGCACUCCAUGGCUUUUCCGAUGCCUCAACUAUGGCUUUCGCAGCCGUUGUUUACCUUCGCGUUUGUUAA